AUCGCACAGCUAGAACCAUAGAGGGCGCGCAUCACGAAUUGUUACCUAAACUUCACCCCCAAAAAAUCAAGAUGGCUCUUCGUGUUCUUGUUGGCGUAAAAAGAGUGAUAGAUUAUGCAGUUAAGAUCCGCGUCAAACCGGACAACAUGGGGGUGGUGACGGAGGGGGUGAAACACAGUAUGAACCCAUUUGAUGAGAUUGCUGUAGAAGAAGCUGUAAGGCUGAGAGAAAAGAAGCUUGUCAAGGAAAUCAUUGCAGUCAGCUGUGGACCAAAACAAUCUCAGGAAACAUUACGGACAGCACUAGCCAUGGGUGUAGACAGAGGUAUUCACGUUGAAGUGAGCGGAGCAGAGUAUGAGGGCCUCGCUCCAUUCCAUGUUUCCAAGAUCAUUGCAAAACUAGCUCAAGAAGAGGAUGUUAACUUAGUCAUUCUGGGCAAACAGGCAAUUGACGAUGACUGCAAUCAGACCGGUCAAAUGACCGCAGCCCUUCUGGACUGGCCUCAAGCGACCUUUGCAUCCGAGGUCAAAGUUGAAGACAGCAAGAUGGAAGUGACGAGGGAGGUCGACGGUGGACUAGAAACGAUCCAGGUUUCCCUACCAGCGGUCCUCACUGCAGAUCUAAGGUUAAAUGAGCCACGGUAUGCUACACUACCUAACAUUAUGAAAGCCAAGAAGAAGCCUAUUGCAAAGAAGACACCAAGUGACCUAGGAGUUGAUGUGAGCCCGAGGGUAGAGACGGUCAGAGUGGAGGAUCCACCGGUCAGAGACGCUGGACAGAAGGUUGAGAAUGUGGAGGAACUGGUCAGCAAACUCAAAGAAGCAGGAUUCUGCUAACACUGGCUUGAUAUAUCAUCAGACACUGAAGAACCACACAUCUUCCUGCUCUGCUGAAACCCAAGUUGAAGUAUACAAGAGAGACAUGAUAGCAAUAUGAGGAGUUUGGCCAGCCCCACCAGUUGAAUAAUUUGCUUGUUGAUUCCCCAAUAAACCAAGACCCCAGAUAUAUAUAUAGCAGUAUUUGAGAUAUAAUGAAAUGUGUGUGACGGUUGCAUCUAUGAAGGGGAUUUGCUUUGUCAGGAUAUUCCUGUUAUGUAUCUUUCACUAUAUACCUAUGAUCUCUCUGUCUCUCUCUCUCUGUCUCUCUCUCUCUUACUCUCUCUUAUUUUGAUCAUUUUUGUUUACAUAUUCUGUUUUGAACCUUUGGGCUUCAAUCCUCAGCUACUGCUCACCCUUCAUGCACCUGUGGAGAAAAUUUGUAGAGGUGUCCCUUUUAAGAAUGUCUACUACCGGUGUUCAAAAUGGCUGACUUAUUUUGAAAAUGAUGAACCAAUUCAUCAUAAAAAAAAUGAGCCAAACAUUGUUUCAUACCUAAGUGAAGUGUAGCUUUUUAUUCACAUCAUAAAAGGAAGAUGUAAUAUAUAAUGAAGUGGUGUCAAAUCGUCAAUUGAUGGCUAGAAAUAAAAAAAUAAAAAAAACAUUAAUGAUGAUUUGAAGUAAUAUGUUGAGCUAUCCCUUGGUGUUUGCUUCUCCAUGAUAUUGAAUUCUAGCAGCAUGAAUAUUGAGACAGAUUACUGUAUUUAAUUGGAAAAUGAUAGAUUUCCUAAACAUAUAGAAUAUGAUUAUACACAUGCAUGUAAUCGUUUCAAUAUUCAUGGCUCCUCUUGUUCCAAAUUUGUUGGCAAAUGUUCUGUUAUGUUCAUGAAAAUUGUUGAAUAAAUGUAUUGAAAUGAAAAA